CCGCUAAAACAGCCGGCGACCUUGAGAUUUCAAAACAAACGUUUGCUUUCGCUUGAUUUUGUUUAGUUCGGUAAAAUUUCUCUUCAGCGAUGGACGACUCAUUUCUGAGUGGUUUGGAAAAAAUUCGGAAGCAAAUGUACGAGGCGGACAGUCCGAGGAAGUCGCUGAACAAACUGCGUGUCAGCGUCAAUCAGCAGUGUGACAGGAUUUCCUCGGAAGCCUCUGAUAUCACAAGCAAGAUUCGAGAGGUGCAGGAAGGCAUCAAUAAAAAUGCAAUAGCUGUAAAUCAAGAGUUAGCUGCAUUCCGGAAAGCGACAGAAGCGGAGAUGAGGAUGGAAGACAGAGACAGGAAGAUAGAAAUUGAUUUUGAGAAAAAAGCUCAGUUCAUUGAAGAUUGCAGGGAGGAAAUAGAGCGGUUGGAAAAUGGUUUAAUGCAGUACGAUGAAGUCAUCAAGGAGAAAGAAAAUGAGGCGGUGGUAAAACUGAAUUCACUGAGGAAUGUAACUAAAUGCCUCGGUGAGUAUUCUGGCGUUUACUGGGAUUUCGCAAACUGCAACCAAGAAGUUCUCUCUGGAUACGUUAAGAGCAAGGCGUUCUCAAGGAUCAGGCCAUUUGAAAUAAGUAUCGUCAAAAAUAACAGGCUGGAAGUUGCUGAAGAGCUGUGGUCAAUCAUCGAAGAGCUCAACAGCCAGUAAGAAAGAAGACUUCCAAAGUGAGUGAACUGUUCAAUUCUGAACAACUGCUGAAAUGUAUUUUGUAACUAAGGGACCGUUCAUAUUAACUAGUAAUCUGCUAGUAAUAUUAUAUUAUUCAGCCUGACAAUUAGGAUUUAUUCAUAUAAAGCAAUCUAGCGAUGUAAUGCA